AUGGAACAAUACAUCAAGAUCGCAGACUACGCUGCCGGACUGCUUGGCGCGAUGAUGUUUGGCAUCGGCCUGCAAGCGCAACUCCAGCCCAUGGAAGGUAGGGUCAUCACUUCAACGAGACAACUCUCCAAGACUUUAUCUGGUACUGAAGCACAGACAGGGGCAAAGCAAUUCGCAGGUAAAAUCGUGACCAACCAAGACCGAGCCAUCAUGUUCCCUAUCGUGGGAGGUAGGAACAUGUGGAUUGGCGCAGCUAUGCUGGCCUUGACCCUACAAGGGCAGAGGAAAGCAGUUGGCACGAUUCUGGCGACUGGUAUGAUUGGUGGUGGCGUCGAUGCAUGGUGGUGCUACAGGAAUGGAAGUGAGAAAUGGUUGCCGCAUAUCAUCGGGUCGUCCAUCGGCAUCCCGUUGAGUUACGUGUUAUUGCACUGCGACUUCAUGGAAUCCAACACCAAUGGCGAGACUCAGGCAUUGCCAAAUCCUGAUAAAUUCUUGGAUCGAGUGGUCGAGAUUGAUGGACACCACUAUGAACGUCAACGAUCAAUAACAGACUACAGACGCGACCCUGGCGAAGCUCGUAUUUUGUACCUCUGUCGGCGUUCAUCGAUCAGCGCUUCCUCGUCCGAUGAUAGCGAGCAGCAGACGUUCAUCAUGAAAGUCAAGGUACAGUAA